AUGAGGCGAUGGUGCGGUGAAAACGACGUCGUUGAGGUUGAAGGAAUUGAUGUUAGUGUUUGUGUCGCCGCGGAUGGUGAUUUUUGGGUCAGCGUUGGCUCCGCCGGUGGUCCGAUCGGGAAAUUCAGCCUUGAAAGCGAACAUGAUUUGGCGAAUAUGGUUAACGAUUUCAUAGAGAAUGCAGGAAGCUUUGGUGCUGAGUCUUGUUGUAGCAGUGAUAGCGAUUCUUCUCUCUCUGAUUUUGCUCACCUUGCUGAAAAGAUUCAGAUCUGUAAGCGAUCGGUGACUCAACAUGAGAGUGACUUGAUCCCAGUUGUUCAUUCUCUCAUACGGUCAAUGAAGGAGACCAACCUAGAAAUGAUGAAUUCUGGUCCAUGUUAUGCAAGCUGCAUCAGAUUUUAUUUGGCAAAGUUAAUGAGACUUUCUGGCUAUGAUGCCGCUGUUUGUACAUCUAAAUGGCAGCGUGUUGGCAUAAUCCCUGGAGGUGAUCACGAAUAUAUUGAUGUGCUGGUCGAGAAUAACUCUGGAGAAUCAGAGCGGUUGAUUAUUGAUAUCGAUUUUCGAAGCCACUUUGAAAUAGCUAGAGCUGUUGAUUCAUAUGACAGGAUACUGAAUUCGCUUCCAUCUGUUUACGUGGGUUCCCUUACUAGGCUGAAACAGUUUCUUGGAAUAAUGGAGGAAGCUACUAGAUCUUCUUUGCAACAAAAUGCUAUGCAUUUUCCUCCAUGGAGAUCUUUAACAUAUUUAAAAUCGAAGUGGCUAUCGCCCCAUGAAAGAAUCAUUCAUUCAGACAGCAGCAUUAAUAUUAGCAAAGGCGGCGAAUGCUUUGACCACAAGCAAUGCCGUGGACAUUUGAAGAAGCUGCAAUCUUGUCUUCAGGCAGGAAUAGAAGUAGAGCGAGUGUUAAAGGCUCGUAACAUUGAAAGUAACUGGAGGAUGAAACCUGACAGAUGGAGGCAAACGUUACUCCGGCCUCUUUAA